ACUAUCUUUAUAUUCGAAUAAACGAAGAACAUUCGGUAUUCGAAUAACCAGAGAGCUUUCUUAUAUUAUGUCAGAGGCGUGAAAAGGAAAAAUACGAAAAAGGAAUGGAAAUUUUGCAAUACAGAAAAAGCGAAUCAAAGUCGAGAUGGAGCUCGAGAGUGGAAGGCUUGAGCGUUUUCCUUGUGUUUUGUCUCCUCCCCGCCUCGCUUAUUGCCCAAGCCCACACAAAUUUUAUCUUCAACCAAUUCAAUGCGUCGACCCUCGAAUUGUAUGGUAAUGCUUCUUUCCAUUCCGAGGCCAUCUCCCUUAAUGGUCGAUUCGAAUUCAGUAUGGGCCGAGCUUUCUAUCGACAUCCUGUGCGUAUGAAAGAUUCCGGCUCUCUGAAUUCUACUUUCUCUUUCAGCACAACUUUUGUGUUCAGCAUUGUUCCUUCUUUAUCUUCACAAUCUGGGUUCGGACUGGCGUUUAUCAUGACGCCCUACAAAUCUCCGAAGGGAUUUUUACCAGGUCAGUACCUUGGCUUGAUUAGCAAUUUAUCAGUUAUGGGAAAGGCCUCUAGUCAUCUGUUUGCAGUUGAGUUCGACACAUCAAAGAACUCUGAAUUUGCGGAUAUCGACGACAAUCAUGUUGGUGUGGAUCUCAACAACCUCAUAUCUGUAGAGUCUAAGCCUGCGGGCUACUGGAUUAACAACAGUCAGUUCCAGGAAUUAGAUCUCAAAAGCGGACAGAAUGUUCAGGCUUGGAUUGAUUAUGACAAUCUUCACAAGGAGCUCAAAGUCAGCAUUGCGGAGGGUGGUCUUGAUCGCCCACAGAAACCGCUGUUAUACAUGAAAAAUAUAUCACUCAUCAACAUUCUACAAGAAGAAAUGUACGUUGGUUUCUCAGCAGCUACGGGAAUGAUUUAUGAAGAGAAUUACAUCCUUGCCUGGAGUUUUUCUACAAACGGAAUCUCCCCGUACCUGAAUACAUCUAAUCUUCCAUCCUUUGUACACAGAAAAUCCAAGAGCUUAAACUCCAGACUGAUAGUUGGCAUUAGCUCAGCUUGCGGUGUCCUUCUCCUGGUGGUGGUGGGAGCAUCAUUUGUGCGGCUGAAGAGAAAGCAGUACAAACAAGCUAUCGAAGAAUGGGAGAUGGAGUAUUGGCCUCACAGGUUUAAGUACAAAGACGUAAAUAUUGCAACCAAGGGCUUCCAAGAGGAAGAACUUUUAGGAUCCGGAGGCUUCAGUCGGGUAUACAGAGGAGUUCUUCCCAGAAACAGCCUUCAAGUAGCGGUGAAAUGCAUUCUUAGAGAAACCGAUGAUGGAGUGAAGGAAUUCUUAGCAGAAAUCUCUAGUCUUGGUCGCCUUCAACAUCGAAAUCUUGUGCAGAUCAGAGGCUUCUGCAGGCGAGAAAAGCAGCUAUUCAUUGUGUAUGACUACAUGCCAAAUGGAAGUCUGGACAAGAUGAUAUUUGGAAACCCAAAGAAGAUGCUUGACUGGGAUCACAGGUACAGAAUCCUCAGAGAUGUCGCUGCAGGUUUGUUGUAUCUUCACGAAGAGUGGGAACAAUGCGUAGUGCACAGAGACAUUAAGUCCAGCAAUGUUUUGCUGGACUCAGAGCUGAAUGGAAAGCUGGGAGAUUUUGGGCUUGCUCGUCUGUACGAGCAUAACGAAAACUCACACACUACUCAUGUGGUUGGAACACUGGGGUACAUCGCACCGGAGUUCGUUGAGACAGGAAAGGCCAGCCCCGCCACAGAUGUGUUCAGUUUUGGUAUUCUUAUGUUGGAGGUUGCAUGCGGAAGGAGACCUGUGGAUUUAUCCCUCCAGUCUGAAAAAAUAGUCAUGGUGGACUGGGUGAGAGAGCUCCAUAGCACAAGCAGUCUGAUGGAUGCAGCCGACCCAAAACUUGGUGGGCAAUAUGUUGAAAGUGAGAUGGAGAGAAUGCUGAAACUAGGGCUGAUCUGUUCCAAUCCUCAGCCAGAAGGCAGGCUUGGCAUGAGACAAGUCCUCCAAAUACUUGAAGAAGAAGCUCCACUACCAGGUUUUGUCUCUCCGUUUUAUUUGGAUGAGAGCCCAGUCAGCAGUUCUUGGAAAUCUCUUCCAUAUUCCAGUCGAGGUACAGACGCUUCCAUUUCUAUGUCAAACUCUCUUUCUGGUGGUGUCACUGCAUAAGAUCGAUCUGUGUGUGGCUUCUUGGUGCUAUUGUAACCAUAUUGUUAGUUUGGAAUACUGACGGAUCCAAGUAUUUGCACAG